AUGAGGAUCCUCUCAUUUUUUCUUCUUCCGACUCUUUUCCAAGCCAUUGUGUCUGCAUCACCGAUUGAUCAGUCCAUUCCUUACGAUAGGACCGUAGUUCAAAAAUGGGCCGUAUCUGCUUCUAUUCCUGCCUCAGAUGAGACCAACACAUCUACCCUCCAUACUCGUCAAGAUGGAGGAUACUGGUACGAGUCUGCAAGUCAUGGUAUCUCUGCGUUUGGAGAUUCGAGCUACCAGGUCUUCCGCAAUGUGAAAGACUACGGUGCUGUAGGAGAUGGUGUGACCGAUGAUACUGUGGCAAUCAACCGCGCGAUCACAGAUGGCAACCGAUGCGGAGAGACAUGUGGCUCUUCAACCACCACUCCGGCGGUUGUUUACUUUCCGUCAGGUACAUACCUUGUAUCAGCGCCGUUGAUCCAGUAUUAUUAUACUCAAUUUGUGGGAAAUCCUAAUUCAUUGCCUACGCUGAAGGCGGCACCCAGCUUUGCUGGUAUCGGUGUCAUCUCCGCCAACACCUAUAUUCCUGGUGCAUCUGGCGCGGAGUGGUAUGUACCUCAAAGCAACUUUUAUCGCCAGGUGCGCAACUUCAUCAUCGAUAUUUCAGCCUGUCCCACCGCCACUCCCGAUGGAUUUGCCCCCACUGGUAUUCACUGGCAAGUGGGUCAAGCUACGAGCAUCGAAAAUAUUCAGUUCGUCAUGAGCCAGGCCGACGGAACUACGCACGUUGGAAUCUUCAUGGAGAACGGAUCAGGUGGCUAUCUCGGAGACCUGACCUUCACCGGAGGUGCCAUUGGCAUGUGGUGUGGAAGCCAGCAGUUUACUUCGCGUAAUCUUAAAUUCCGAAACUGCGUCCAAGCAAUUGAGAUGAUAUGGGAUUGGGGUUGGACGUGGCAUGGUUUGGAUAUUCUUCUUUGCCAGAUUGGAAUCAACGUUACAGCACUUAGCAGCGCGACUGCAGAGCACAGCCAAGGCGUAGCCGCGAUUGCGAUUCUUGACUCUGUCUUCACCAAUGUGCCAAUUGCUGUCUUGACAGCAGGGAAAACAAACAUUAUGAUGGAAAAUGUGCAAAUGAACAACGCUCCAAUCGCCGUUGGCUAUUCAGGCGGCCCUACAGUUGUUCAGGGUGGGGAUGUUCUCAUUGACAAUUACGGGAAUGGAAACAACUUUAUCCAGAACGGAAAAACGUUGAGUGAGACAUUCCUGAACGGUGCAUUCUCCCCUUCUGCGAAAAGUGCGGCAUCAGCUUCACUACGGACCUCCAAAGGCUGGUUUGCAAGGUCUAAACCCCAGUAUCAAACCGUGGGAAUCGGCGGAUUUAUUGAUAUCAGAUCGGCCGGUGCCGCUGGUAAUGGCCGGACCGACGAUACAGCUGUAAUCAACCGUGUUCUUGGAUCUGCUGGGGGCUCGAUUGUCUACUUCCCGCACGGUACCUACAUGGUUUCCGACACUAUCUCGGUCCCUCCAGGGACAAAGAUUGUUGGUGAAGUAUGGAGUGAAAUCAUGGGAUUUGGAGAUAAGUUUUCAGACAUCUCUAAUCCAAGAGUCAUGAUCCGAGUGGGAACGGCAGGCCAAACGGGAGAUGUCGAAAUAUCUGACAUGCUGUUCACUGUGCAAGGAGCUACAGCGGGUGCCAUUCUGAUGGAGUGGAAUCUCGCACAGGCGUCUCAGGGUUCUGCUGGCAUGUGGGAUGCCCACUUCCGCGUUGGGGGUGCUGAAGGAAGUGACUUGCAGUAUGAAGAUUGUCCGUGGACCCAGAUCGAAGCGGACAACAAAUGUAUUGCUGCCACCACAUUGUUCCACAUCACCUCCUCCGCUUCCUUAUAUUUGGAAAACGUAUGGGUCUGGACCGCAGAUCACGACUUAGACAUUCCGUCGCAGGAUCAAGUCUCCGUGUACACUGCGCGGUGUCUCCUCAUCGAGUCUCAGGGCCCGGUGUGGCUUUGGGGUACGGGGUCGGAGCAUUGCACCCUUUAUCAGUAUCGCUUCUAUCACGCGAAGAACAUUUUUGCCGCAACUCUGCAGACGGAAACUCCGUACUACCAGCCAAAUCCUAAGGCGCCCGCUCCGUUCACUGGUGCCUACGCUUUGCCCGACGAUCCCACAUUCACCUAUUGCAGCCCGGACUCGUCGACCUGUGCGUAUGCCUGGGGUCUUGAGGUUAUUGGUUCGUCUAACGUCAUGAUCUAUGGGGCCGGCUUCUACAGCUGGUUCCAAUGGUACUCCCAGGCUUGCCUCAGUCUUGAGGCCUGCCAGGAGCGUAUUUCCCGUGUUGUCAAUAGUAACAACAUCUUCAUUGUUAAUUUAUACACAAAGGGGGUGUAUUCGAUGAUACAAGGCAGCAGCAGCACUGAUGUCUUGGCUCUGGAGAAUAUGGACGGGUUCUUGGGCACAAUUGUGGGAUGGACUGGACUUGACACUACCGGAUCACUGGAUACUCCCUCAUCGGUUAUCGCACUGCCCCCGUGGAUCUGGAGUGUUCCAAGUCCAACAGUAUCGUGCAAUAUUCCCUGCGUCAUUCAACCACCACCCACCCCAAUUAGGCCGAUUCGACCUCCACCAUAUACAACCACAAUCUCCGGCUCCCAAGUGAUUGUCACGCCACCAGUGAUAGAGACCCCCGGUUUGCCAGUGCAGACUAUCAGCAUUGUUGUGCCUGCGGGUCAGACAGUGACACCUAUCAUUGUUCCCAACCCCAGUAUCACCGUUCCACUCAUAGUGCCAACUGGUGGGAACUGGCCAGGAGGCGCACCGCCAAUCCAACCUCCCCCAAUCCCCGUGCCAAUUCCGCCUGCGAUGGUCCCCAAUUGCAGGCAGUUUUGUUCUGGCGCUGACUGGCCGCCGAUCUUACCCCCAAUCGUGGUUGUCCCGGGCGCUCCACUUCCCGUCGGAGCACCCCCUCCAGUCGGGGUUAUCCCACCACCAGUUGGAGACGACGACGCAGGAGAUGAGGAACAAAACGAAAUGGAUUGCGGUAUUCCUUUCGCAUCAUCUCUAACUGACUGGCCAAGCCCUGACGAUGUACCAAGCUGGGGUCAGACGCCCGGUGAGACCGGAGGAACGUGCCAGUGGGCCGGUACCAUUCAGAGUUACUCGAACACCUUUACCAUCGCCAUUCCUUCAGGAAAGACUUCCGUGAACAUUGACCUUUAUAACUUGCUCGGAUUCGGUAGCUAUGGGUACAGUCUUGAUGGGGCAACCAUGCAGGCCUACUCUGUGUCGGCGACAGGAUGGAGCGUUUCAAUGUCACCUUCGAGCUCUCAACCAACUAGUUCGACCUCCUUUGUCAACUUCGAUAUCCCUACAAACCCCUUGCCAACGAGUAUUCAAAUGACUGCGAACGUACCGGCGGGCACCUCCUCCAUUAAUCUUCACAUUGAGAUUCGGGCCAGCAAAUCCUGCGGUGGAAACCCCAUCCCCGACCCAGCAGGCUCGGGUUCAGGCUCGGGUUCGGGCUCAGGAUCCGGUUCAUCGUCCCUCUCACUCAUAUUCCCGAAAAAUCUCAAUGGCGAGAUCAUUUGUGGCUCCGAUAGCACAGGCGGUGCCAGCAGAAUGACUGAUUGUCUGUUUUCCUACGGCAGCGGCAUCGUCCAAGGCCAACGCCUCACAGAGGGGAUCACGAUCACCACCAACAAUCCAUCUUCUGUCUGCAUCCGCAGCGGGACGACUAAGAACGAACAAGGUGUCAUUACCAACAAUUGGUGUCUGGUCUAUCAGUUCAACAGUUGCGCAUUCGUGCUUUCGGAUAAGUCCGAGCUCUUUGGGGGUUCGUUCCCCGGUUGGUCGGUCAUUUCGGGACAGGUGAUGCGUAACUUUGCCAUUACCGCGGCGAAUCAAUGCGCCGGAAGUGGUAAAACAGCCGUUGCUGCUGGACCUUUCCAGCCGUUUGGGGUAAUUGCCCAGUCCCUUUGUCUGACAUCACCGGAUCAUCCCGAAAUUUGUGCUGUGCCAUGA